AUGUAUGUGAAAUGGUUUGAUACAGUAAUGGAAUACUAUGUGAUUUUAGUGAAUGUCACUUUUUGUCAUUUUUGAAUUUCCCGCCGUUCCGUCCCCCAUACGUCCCGACGCUCACAGGGGACAGAACCCAGAUGACAGAUGCCGGCAUCCGCCGGAUUACAUUGUCGGGGACACUGCAGGAGGGACAUCGUGGGAGCGCAGGACAAGGUAAGUGAUACAGGGAUCGUGGAGCAGCACCGCAUGGUAUUCCCGAGUGUAGCUCGGGGUUACCGCUUGUGCUACACUCGGGAAUACCGCCAGGGAGGUUAAGUU